CCUAACCACUUCUGUACGGUGACUUGCUUUGAACUAAGCAAAAACCCAAGAGCUGCUGCUCCUUCCCUGACAUCAUCAUUCUCGCUAGAACAGCAUGGGGAGCCAAUCUGAUUCAACUCCGAAUUCUGUAGACGAUAAAGCCCAAAACCCAGCUUCACAGCCUUCAGAAUCAACAGUUAACCAAGGUACAGUUGCCAAGGCUGAUGUUCCUAAUGAGAGAGCCACACCUUCUCCAUUUGUGAAUUCAGAACCAAUUCGAGAGGAGCAAGUGCAAAAUGCUGUGAAGUUUCUUUCACAUCCAAAGGUUAGGGGAUCUCCAGUUAUGUAUAGGAGAUCAUUUCUAGAGAGGAAGGGUCUUACAAAAGAGGAGAUUGAUGAUGCAUUUCGUCGUGUUCCGGAUCCCACACCAAGUGCUACGGCAUCACAGCCAGUCGUUGCAAAUCAAGAUGGACAGUUGAAUUCAUCAUCAGCUAUUCAGCAGCAAGUUCCUACUCAAACUCUGCAACGGGCACAAGCUCCAUCCACUGGCAGCAUUUCAAGAUUGGGACUUUAUCAGUUUCACUGGUCUCAUGUGCUUUAUGCUAUUGGCUUUCUAGCUGUUUCGGGAGCUGGAACAGCAGUACUUCUUAAGAAAACUAUCAUCCCACGGCUGAAGUCUUGGAUACGCAAGGUUGUGUUGAAGGAAGAAGAAGGUGAACCUUUGGUAGAGAAAGGUAAUGCAAAACCCAAUUUGGCGGAAGAAGCUGCUGCUGCUGCAAAGGCGGCUGCGGCUGCUGCUGCUGAUGUGGCUCGGGCAAGCCAAGAAAUGUUGAUGUCGAAAACUGAAGAGAAAAGAUACUUCUCGGAGCUUACAAACUUGUUGGAUGUACAAAUACGUGAAAUGAAGACCAUGAGUAAUGCUGUGCAGAAAUUGCAAGAUAAAGGAGAAAGCAGUAUUCCUGGGAGAAUAGCAACAAGAGAAGAAGAUGACCAUAGAGUUUCAGUCGUCAAUUCGAGGCAACCUUAUUCUAAUGGCAAGGUGGAUAACAGAAUAGAUUCAGUUAUAUCUUCUUCACCACCUUCUUCCGUGGAACCGUCUACUGCCCCUCAUCCAAAAUCAUAUAUGGAGAUCAUGGCUAUGGUUCAAAGAGGAGAGAGACCUUCCAACAUCCGAGAGAUCAAUGAUCAGCCGCCCAAUCCCAAUCAGCCAGUACCAAAUCCUCGCUUAGUACCAAAGCCUAAGCCUUGGGAGGUUGGUCAAUCUCAGAGUAGCUCUGGCAGUGGUUUCCAAUAUCAAGAGAGCAGUAAUGGCUUCACUUCUGGGUCCCAAACUAUACAAUUAAAUGCAGAUGGUUCAGUCCCUUGGUGGCAACAAAAGAAUGCCAGAAUUACAGAAAUUGAAAGUGAAGAUGAGCAGAACAUCAGAUCUUCAGUGCCCAGUGAAAAGCCAGUUCAGCGAUCCUGGGUUCCACCCCAGCCGCCUCCUGUUGCAAUGGCAGAAGCAGCUGCAGCUAUCCGACAGCCCAAAAAACCAUUGCUCCAGAAGGAACAGUUGACUGACGACCAGUUACUAGGUCGUGCUUCAGAGGUAACUGAUGAGUUGCAGAGAAUUACAAAAAUCUCUGAAGCUGGUGGUCUAGAGGCCAAUGGUGGUAAUCCAGCAAAUAAUGCCAGUGAGAUACAGAAAGAAGAGGAGCAGGCCUACACUGAGACUUAAGUGUCUUAAACGGGGGUUAUCCAUUCAAUCCAGGUUGCUCAAACAGUUGCCCCUCAAAGCUUCUUGUAUUGGAACCAUGUUGUCAUCUCAUCAAGCAACUGAUCAUCAUCAUUCUUGUUCUGUACCCUUUACCAAAAAUACUUACUGUAUAAAAAGCUAUAUAUGUUUAGACAGUUAUGCGGGUCAUCAAGAUGAAAUGAUGUAUGGAGCUUACUUAUUUUGUCAUCUCUACAUGAAAGUAAGACCAAUCUCUAGAGUUAGUUAGACCAUCUCUGCAGGUUGAAGUGGUACACUUGUAUGCCUCAUAUUCGCCAAAGCUUUGGCAACCAAGAAUAAUAAGGUGCAAGUUAUAAAAAUGUUCCCCAUGAAGCUUGAAAUACGAUAUUUCCCUUUUUGUUUUUGAA